CCGCGUCCGCCUUUUGUUCGUGGAGCCGCGCGCCCCCGAGCCGAGGCGGCGGGGCGGGGAGCUGGCGGGGCUGCGCGGGGGACGGACCGCGCCGGGCGGAGCCGGGGCCCGGGCCGCAGCCGGACUCGGAGCUCGAGGGGACGAUCGGCGCGCGGGCAGCCGGGGCCCGAGCGCGCUCCGGGGGCGCGGCGAGGCCGAAGGGGCGGGCACCGGGCGGAGCCGCAGCCGGAGCCGGGGCGCCUGGAGGCGAGCGGGCCGCUCUCUCCGAGCUCAGAGCGGCGGAGAACCCGUUCAGCGCGGGCCGGGGCCUGAGCGCAGUCCGGGGGCUGAGGGGGGCCGAGAGGAACCGCGACCCAAGCGGCCAGAGCGGCGCCCGGACCCUCCCCUGGGGCGCGGAGGCCGGGCGGGCCCGGGCCAUGCGCGCCGCUCGCUGAGGCCAAGGGAGGCCGAGAUGGAGGCGCCAGUGGGGGAGCCCCCGGCCCGGGGCUGCGGCCCCCCGCCCGCGCCCGCCCCGGAGAGGAAGAAGAGCCACCGCGCGCCGUCGCCGGCCCGGCCCAAGGACGUGGCCGGCUGGUCGCUGGCCAAGGGCCGCCGCGGCCCAGGCCCGGGAGCCGCAGCCGCCUGCAGCGCCGCGUCCUCCGCGCGGCCCGACAAGAAGGGGCGCACGGUAGUGCCCGGGGCGCGGGGCUCAGGGACGCGGGUCGCGGGGGUCCGUACCGGGGUCCGUGCCAAGGGCCGCCCGCGUCCGGGUACCGGGCCGCGACCGCCUCCACCGCCGCCCAGCCUCACCGACAGCAGCUCGGAGGUGUCCGACUGCGCGUCGGAGGAGGCGCGCCUGCUGGGCCUGGAGCUGGCGCUGAGCAGCGACGCCGAGUCGGCGGCCGGGGGCCCGGCGGGGCCCCGCACCGGGCAGCCGCCCCAGCCCGCGCCGCCCGCGCAGCAGCCUCCGCGGCCGCCGGCCUCCCCCGACGAGCCGUCGGUGGCCGCGUCGUCGGUGGGCAGCAGCCGCCUGCCACUCAGUGCCUCCCUGGCCUUCUCCGACCUCACCGAGGAGAUGCUGGACUGCGGGCCCGGCGGCUUCGUGCGAGAGCUGGAGGAGCUGCGCUCGGAGAACGACUAUCUCAAGGAUGAGAUCGAGGAGCUGCGAGCAGAGAUGCUGGAGAUGCGGGACGUCUACAUGGAGGAGGACGUGUACCAGCUACAGGAACUGCGCCAGCAGCUGGACCAGGCCAGCAAGACCUGCCGCAUCCUGCAGUACCGGCUGCGCAAGGCCGAGCGCCGCAGCCUCCGCGCUGCUCAGACUGGCCAGGUGGACGGCGAGCUCAUCCGAGGCCUGGAGCAGGACGUCAAGGUCUCUAAGGACAUCUCCGUGCGGCUGCAUAAGGAGCUCGAGGUGGUGGAGAAGAAGCGGGCGCGCCUGGAGGAGGAGAAUGAGGAGCUUCGACAGCGGCUCAUCGAGACCGAGCUGGCUAAGCAGGUGCUGCAGGCAGAGCUGGAGCGGCCAAGAGAGCAUUCCUUGAAGAAAAGAGGAACGCGUUCCUUGGGGAAGACAGACAAGAAGCCUUCGGUGCAGGAGGACAGUGCAGACCUGAAGUGCCAGCUGCACUUUGCAAAGGAGGAGUCGGCCCUCAUGUGCAAGAAGCUCACCAAGCUGGUCAAGGAAAACGACAGCAUGAAGGAGGAGCUGCUCAAGUACCGCUCGCUCUACGGUGAUCUAGACAGCGCCCUGUCGGCCGAGGAGCUGGCAGAUGCACCCCACUCGCGGGAGACCGAGCUGAAGGUGCAUCUGAAGCUGGUGGAGGAGGAGGCCAACCUGCUGAGCCGCCGCAUCGUGGAGCUGGAGGUGGAGAACCGAGGCUUGCGGGCCGAGAUGGACGACAUGAAGGAUCACGGUGGCAGUGGUGGGGGCCCGGAGGCACGCCUGGCCUUCUCUGCGCUGGGUGGCAGUGAGUGCGGGGAGAGCUUGGCAGAGCUGCGGCGACACCUGCAGUUCGUGGAGGAGGAGGCAGAGCUGCUGCGGCGCUCCUCGGCCGAACUUGAGGACCAGAACAAACUGCUGCUGGGUGAGCUGGCCAAAUACCGUUCAGAGCACGAGCUGGACGUGACGCUGUCGGAGGACAGCUGCUCCGUGCUCAGCGAGCCCUCGCAGGAGGAGCUGGCGGCCGCCAAACUGCAGAUCGGUGAGCUCAGUGGCAAAGUCAAGAAGCUCCAGUAUGAGAACCGCGUGCUCCUGUCCAACCUGCAGCGCUGCGAUCUUGCCUCCUGCCAGAGAACACGGCCAAUGCUGGAGACGGACGCCGAGGCGGGGGACUCUGCCCAGUGCGUGCCCGCUGCCCUUGGCGAGGCCCAUGGCCCCCAUGCCACCCGGCUCUGCAGAGCCAGGGAUGCUGAAGUGCUGCCUGGUCUGAGGGAGCAGGCCGCCCUGGUCAGCAAGGCCAUUGACAUCCUGGUGGCUGAUGCUAACGGCUUCUCAGCUGGCCUCCGCCUGUAUCUGGACAACGAGUGUGCUGACUUUCGGCUGCAUGAGGCCCCCGACAACAGUGAGGGCCCCAGGGACACCAAGCUCAUCCAUGCUAUCCUGGUUCGGCUGAGCAUGCUGCAGCAGGAGCUUAACGCCUUCACGCGGAAGGCAGACGCGGUCCUUGGGAGUUCUGCCAAGGAGGUGCAAGAGCCCUUCUCGUCGCUGACCCCCUUGGGCUCCCAGGGGCCCUCCAAGGAGAUUCUUCUGGCCAAAGACCUUGGCUCAGACUUCCAGGUGCAGCCACCUGACUUCAGGGACCUGCCGGAAUGGGAGCCCAGGAUACGAGAGGCCUUCCGCACUGGUGACUUGGACUCCAAGCCCGACCCCGGCCGGAGCUUCAGGCCUUACCGAGCUGAAGACAAUGAUUCCUACGCCUCUGAGAUCAAGGAGCUGCAGCUGGUGCUGGCCGAGGCCCACGACAGCCUCCGGGGCCUGCAAGAACAGCUGUCCCAGGAGCGGCAGCUACGGAAGGAGGAGGCUGACAACUUCAACCAGAAAAUGGUCCAGCUGAAGGAGGACCAGCAGAGGGCGCUCCUGAGGCGGGAGUUUGAGCUGCAGAGCCUGAGCCUCCAGCGCAGGCUGGAGCAGAAAUUCUGGAGCCAGGAGAAGAACAUGCUGGUGCAGGAGUCCCAGCAGUUCAAGCACAACUUCCUGCUGCUCUUCAUGAAGCUCAGGUGGUUCCUCAAGCGCUGGCGGCAGGGCAAGGUUUUGCCCAGCGAGCGGGAUGACUUCCUUGAGGUAAAUAGCAUGAAGGAGCUGUACUUGCUGAUGGAGGAAGAGGAAUUAAAUGCCCAGCAUUCUGAUAACAAGACCUGCACGGGGGACAGCUGGACCCAAAACACGCCCAAUGAGUACAUUAAGACACUGGCCGACAUGAAGGUGACACUCAAGGAGCUGUGCUGGCUGCUCCGGGAUGAGCGCCGGGGUCUGACUGAGCUUCAGCAGCAGUUUGCCAAGGCCAAGGCCACCUGGGAGACGGAGCGUGCAGAGCUCAAGAGUCACACCACCCAGAUAGAGCUGAAGGCCGGGAAGGGCGCUGGGGAGCGGACAGGGCCCGAGUGGAAGGCCGCCCUCCAGAGGGAGCGGGAGGAGCAGCAGCACCUCCUGGCUGAGUCCUACAGCGCUGUCAUGGAGCUGACGCGGCAGCUGCAGGUCAGCGAGCGCAACUGGAGCCAGGAGAAGCUACAGCUGGUGGAACGGCUUCAGGGUGAGAAGCAGCAGGUGGAGCAGCAGGUAAAGGAGCUGCAGAACCGCCUGAGCCAGAAGGCUGCCGACCCCUGGGUCCUGAAGCACUCAGACUUGGAGAAGCAGGACAACAGUUGGAAAGAGACACGCAGUGAAAAGAUCCACGACAAGGAGGCUGUUUCUGAAGCUGAGCUUGGGGGAACUGGCUUAAAGAGGACCAAAUCUGUUUCCUCCAUGUCUGAGUUUGAGAGUUUGCUUGACUGUUCCCCCUACCUGGCCAGUGAAGCUUCCCGGGGCAAGAAGCUGCCCAACAACCCUGCCUUUGCCUUUGUGGGCACCCAGCCGGUGGACCCAGAGAAGGACGCCCAGGCACAGCCACGGGACUGCAGCCGCCUGGGCGCCCUGGCCUGCCAGGACCCGGCAGGGAGGCAGAUGCAGCGCAGCUACACAGCUCCCGACAAGACGGGCAUUCGUGUCUACUACAGCCCCCCUGUGGCCCGGCGCCUGGGUGUCCCCGUGGUCCACGAUAGGGAGGGCAAGAUCAUCAUCGAGCCCGGCUUCCUCUUCACCACCGCCAAGCCCAAAGAGUCGGCAGAGGCCAAUGGGCUGGCUGAAAGUUCCUAUGGUCGGUGGCUGUGCAACUUCUCACGGCAGCGCCUGGACGGGGGCUCCGGGGGCGGCUCCCCGGCAGCGGGGCCCGGGUUCCCAGCAGCCCUGCACAACUUGGAGAUGUCGGGCAACAUGAGCGACGACAUGAAGGAGAUCACCAACUGCGUGCGCCAGGCCAUGCGCUCAGGCUCGCUGGAAAGGAAAGUGAAGAGCACGUCCAGCCAGACGGUGGGCCUGGCCAGCGUGGGCACCCAGACCACCCGCAUGGUCAGCGUGGGCCUGCAGACCGACCUGCCCCGCAGCAGCCUCCACGGCAAGAGCUGGUCACCCCGCAGCUCCUCACUCGUGUCCGUGCGCAGCAAGCAGAUCUCCUCCUCCCUGGACAAGGUGCACUCACGCAUCGAGCGGCCGUGUUGCUCGCCCAAGUAUGGCUCGCCCAAGCUCCAGAGGCGGUCUGUGUCCAAGCUGGACGGUGCCAAGGACCGCAGCCUGUGGAACCUACACCAGGGCAAGCAGAAUGGCUCGGCCUGGGCCCGCUCCACCACGACGCGGGACAGCCCCGUGUUGAGGAAUAUCAACGACGGGCUGUCCAGUCUCUUCAGUGUGGUGGAGCACUCGGGGAGCACGGAGUCCGUCUGGAAACUGGGCAUGUCUGAGGCCCGGGCCAAGCCCGACCCUCCCAAGUACGGCAUCGUGCAGGAGUUCUUCCGCAACGUGUGCGGCCGGGCCCCCAGCCCCACCUCAGUGGCAGGGGAGGAGAGCACCAAGAAGCCGGAGCCCCUCUCCCCGGCCAGCUACCAUCAGCCAGAGGGCAUGGCGAGGAUCCUGAACAAGAAGGCACCCAAGUCAGGCAGCAGCGAGGAGGCCAGACUCUCCGUACUCCCCCAGGUGGGGAAAGAUGGUAUCCUCCGGGACGCAGAUGGAACCCCAGUCCUUCCCAAUGAGGAUGCUGUUUGUGACUGCAGCACCCAGUCUCUCACCUCCUGCUUCGCCCGGCCCUCCCGCUCUGCCAUUCGCCACUCUCCUUCCAAGUGCAGGCUGCACCCUUCAGAGUCCAGCUGGGGUGGGGAGGAGAAAGCAGCCCCUCCCAGUGAGUGACAGCAGUUGAGUUCCCUGCUCAACCAGCCCAGGCCAUGGACAGCGGAAGGAAACCAGCGGAGAGGAGGGUCAUGCCCUCCGCAUCGCCUCGCCCUGGGGGGUAGCAGCUGCACCACUGCUAGAGAACAGCUUUCAAUCCCCAAGGUAAAGUGGAGACUCCUGCUGACCAUGGGGUGGCGAUCUCUGGCUCCUCAGGGGAAGGCAGUGAGUAGGAGAAAGACCAAAACUGUGCUUCGAAGUGUCUCCAGAGAGAUCCGUUGAGAGCUUACCCCUGGGUCUUAAAGGAGAGUCUUGCCUGGUUCUGCCCGUACCACUUCUCAGAAGAGCUGAGGAAGGGGUACACUCCUCAGGGAAAGGCUCAUGGAGAUGAUCAUUGCCAAUCACACCCCCUUCAUGGGGAGGAAACCCCAAUGAGAAGAACCGGUUUUGAUCUAGGACUCAGCUUGGGGUUCCUGGUGGAGCUGGGCUGGACAUGAUCCCCAUCCCUGACUUCCCCACUGCCGCCUCCUCCCAGCCCCACUGCUUUGGACUGCUGUGACUCUAGGGGGUAUGAUAGGGUAGUAGCCAGGGCCAAGCAUCUGCUUGGAAUCCUGCUGCUCUGGAUCUCCCUGCAUAGAGCCUGGGUACAGCAGGACUAGAAGGUGAGAAGGUGUGGGACUCAGAGCCGGUGAGCCACUGGAACUGCCUCCCUUGCCAGGGUGACAACCUUCCCAGGAUAUUCCUUGAGGUCAAAAAUAGGUAGAGUCACUCUCAAGAUCUGGUGCACAGAUAAAUGCCUAAUGCCCACUGCCUUGAUCACUGGGGCCUCUUUCCCCCAGCAACCUAGAGGGGCACCACGUCUCCACUGUGUUUACAUCCUGUGGCUGGUGGAGGGCAAAGAUAUUCCCAGUAAGAGACUCCCAGUUGGCCAGGCCAGGCCAAGGAGCACUCCAAGAGGCUGGUGUCCCAGGGACAUAGCGGGUAACACAUUUCUUGCGUAGGUUGUUUAUUUGAAUUUUUCUUACUAUAAAUAUUUAAGGUGGUUUUACUUUAUUUUAAUAAUUUAAUUUACCCCCCAAAGUCCCUAAGGUAAUUUAUUGGCGAUUUAGACAUGUAUUCUUGCCGCUGGGAUAAUGAAAGGCUUUGAACACAAUGGACAGGUGUGGGGUCCCCCAUGUGGACGAGACUGCUCAGCAGCUGAGCUCUGGUCUCCUGGUCAGGUCUGCCCCCUCCCCUGCAGAGCUGGGGCCCUUAUCUUGCUCCCCCAACAUUCCUGAUCAUUGGCCUCAGAGCACUGCUUUUCAACUCCACAUCUGGUACUUGCCUGGCCCCUGGCAGCCAGUCUGUAAAUGCUCACUGACCAGCUGGAGGGCUGGACCCCUCAUCACCCAAACAUUCUCCAUUUCCCCUUCUCAUCCCCCCCACCCCGCCCCCAAUCUGACACUUUCUUUUUUUUGAGUCAAACGUGGAUUACUAAGACUCUCUCAAGAGCACGGAGAUCUCUCCAAAUUCCCCAAGUGAGAAUUCGCAGGAGAAACAGGACUGAACUUUUGAGAAUGUUGUUUAUUGCAGCUUUGCACAUGGAUCUGAGAGUGUCUGCCAGCCUGCCAGCCUUUUCACCAGCCUCUCUUAGCCUUAUGACCUCUCAUGGCUCUUCUCUGAGCCCCAACUCCACUGCCCACCCUCCCCCCACAUUCCAAGCAAGCUGCCCGAGCCAUUGCAUAGAUUGUGACGUGGCUCACUGCAGUAUGGCCAGUAUGGCGAAGAGGCCUCAGGUGGCCUCCCCCUUGGUGCCAGUGAGCCCAUUUUGGCUACCCAGACGCAGAGGUGUGGCCCUCCUAUAACUGGCUGGAUGUCCAGAGUGGGAAACACCAGGAUGAAGUGGUUUGUCGGUGGAAUUCCCCAUGAGGAAGACCAAAAGCCAGCAGCUUGGUUAGUUUGCCCCCAAGGACUCAGGAGAUGCCUCUGCACUCCCACCUGCUUCUAGUUCUGCCCUUUUAGGUCAUCUGGACCAGUUACCCAAUGGUCCUUCAUCUCCAUUCCCUGCCAGAAGAACACCAGGGUCAUGUUCAACCAGUCACAGAGUGACCUGUAUGGCAGAGCAGGCAGACCAGUGGAGCCGUGGGCCAGGCCCCUCUGGAAUGUGGUGCUCCCACCCAAAAGGUCAAGGGGUCCCUCCAGGGUUAUCUCCAAGAGGAGGAGGUUCACAACAGGCCACAAGCCACCGGAGGCCUUCUGCCACCUCCCGCAAGCUGCAGAGGGCCAGGGGAGCCUGCACCCCCAGCCUUGGAGAGACAUCCUCAUGAGACCUGAACCCUGCAGCCUACAGACCGCUCAGCCUUACCAUCGUCCUCGUCCAAAGAUUGUCCUUGCCAUCCUUGUGUCGGCGCCUGGCCGCCCGGCCCCCACCCUCGGUGUCAGACCUCCAGAUCUUGGUUUUCAGUAAAGUCCCAGUUUCUACUCUCUGCAUGCCACUGUGCAGGGGUCACUCAUCGCUCUUCCUACAGAAGCCUCUGGACCUGGGGCUUGAUGGAGGUGGGAAACUGUUGUAUGUAAAUAUUCAUUUGGUUUUGAUUUUUAGCAUUUUAAUUAGUAACUGUGUUUUCUUUUUUGGGGGGUGGGGUGAGGGUUUGGU